GUAGCCCCUUGUCCCUGCCUCCUUCCCUGGGCCUGGCUCCGGGGCCCUCCUUGGCUUGGAGGGGGCUCUGGAUCCCCUCGGACCGGCUCAGAUUUCACGAAGGGGCGGGAAGACGAAGGAGAAAGAGAAAGAGAAGGAGGGGAAGAAAAGGCGGCGGCGGCGGCGGCUGUGGCACAAAGGCCGACCCGCGCUGGGUUUUGCCUGGAGCCUUCUCCAUCAGACCCUCCGCUUGGGGCAACCUGGGUGCCCCCUUUGCCCUCCUCCGCCUCCUCUUCCUCCCUCUGCGAUGCCCACUCCUUGGGCCCUUGGGCUGCUGCUGCUGCUGCUACUGGCGGUGACUCUGUGGCCCAUCCUGCCGGGGCUGUCGGGCCCGGUCCAGACCUGCGAGGCCCACGGGAGCCUCUACUACGUGGGCGAGUGGUACUUCUUGGAGCGGGACCCUUGCACCCAGUGCGAGUGCACCCCCGAAGGGCCGGCCUGCGCCCGCACCGACUGCGCCGCCCUGCCCUCCGCCUGCAUCCACGUCAGCCACUACCCCUCCGACUGCUGCCCCCGAUGCGAGCAGGUGGGCUGCGAGCACCGCGGACAGGUCUUCCAGCUCGGGCAGCACUUCCAGCCCUCAGAGUGUGAGCAGUGUACCUGUGAUCUAGAUGGCAUUGCCCGCUGCCUGGUAGCAGACUGUGCCCCUCCACCCUGCGUCAAUCCCAUCUAUGAAAAAGGCCAUUGCUGCCCAACCUGCAAGGAUGGUCCCAACUGUUAUGUGGAUGGGAGCCAACGUCGUGUUAUUCCUGCUGGGGAGAGCAUCUGGGUGGGGCCUUGCACCCGAUGCCGUUGUCAUGAUGGCCAAGAUGCUGGUUAUUGGGAAGGAAAUCGUUUAGCCAAAUGUGAGCGACUACGGGGAUGCCGGGCUACAGCUGGACACUAGGUUUGCAUUCCUUCAAAUACAAAGCAAUUUCUCAGACAAUUGUCCUUCAAACCUUUUAAGCUUCUGACCUUACCAAAAGGCUCCAAUGAGUGCAUACACACACACAUCAACCAACGCAACUCAGCCCCCUCCAACCACAUAAAUAACCAAUUACCAAUCCCAGACCCUCAUCCAGUCAUUCACUUUCUUCUAUGGAUAUAACCUUUGGACUUUUCCAGAUGACCACACCUCCUUCCUCCAUUCCAUCCUUUGGCAGUUUCCCAGAUUUUGUAGAUAUUUUUCCUAUUCUAAAAGACUGAAAUACCCCUCCUAAGGCUCAAUUGCCACUUUGCAUUUGGCCCCACUUACUACUGGAAUGCAGCCCUCAAAUACAUGGAGUUGAAUUCAGCCCUUAAACUGAAGAAAAAGGACAAGCCUGCCACAAAUCUUGAGGCAGGAAGUCCCCUUUUUGUGUGUUCCUUUAUUCACACCUUGCCAUCCAUCCCCUCCUGCAAUUCCCAUCAGUUUCAUUCUAGCUCUGAUCAAAUAAUAAGCAUCUUUUACAGACCAUAUCCCUAUUGAACAGUUUCACUUGUUUGUAGUUCUGGAACAUGUGACAAUAAAGAAUCCUUUUAGAA